AGGGGUGCUGGAGGGCACGGCUGGCGGAAAAACUACCCACGGGCAUUUUGUACUCUCCCCAGUUUCGCUCGCAGCAAGAGACCAAGAUGGCGGCCCAUCGAACUCAACGAUCGACAUCUACGAUCUCACGGAAAAAUAGGGGACUGCUGAACAGUCUACUUAAGGACGCGGCCGGUCCCAUUCUCGUCCCCAGAGCCCGUUUUCUCUCUUAGCCGGUGAGGCCUUGACACGAUAAAAAGGUGACUUCCUUUAUAAUUUAGAGCAUUCUCACAUGAGCUUCAAACAUCUUCCCAAACUAUCCAUAUUUUAACUCCUUUUUGUCACCUAGGAAAUAAGUCAUUCCGGGUGUGCAUGUUAGGAUAUAUUGCGGGUGUACAUGUCAGGAUUCCGGGCCUUAGGUUCUGGCUUUCCAGCCUUUAGGACAACCCGCCGCUGGCCACGAGAGUGAAGCCUUGAAAUGAAAAUAGGAAAAUUUAUUUUUUUCUUUGACGAUCGUUCAGUUCCUUACUUCAGCUGCUUUUUAUUUGACUGUGGUCACGUGUCAUUCGUUUGCACCCAGGGCUUCUCCUCAAUCCAGGGACCUUAGCUACGAAAGAGGUUGUUUCUUUCACUGCCCUGUCCAGACGGACCCUAGUCGUACGAUUAAAUUAUUUUAAAAUCGGUUGCGCCGCUUAAUUUCCGUGCGAGUUACUAUGGUUACCUUAAGCCUUCAGAAGAACGUCACUAAAAUCGAGAUCUUAGAAUAUAGUUAUGAUAAUAAACAAAGGCAAGAGAAAUUUGAAAAGUUUGUAGUUUUGGUUGCGCGCUGGUCCAAGAGGUGCUUAUCAAAUUACCAGAAAAUCCACUUUACCCGGCCGCUUCGUUUUUUAUCGUUCGCGCGUUGUCUACGUGAUUCAACCGCACGUAAAUCUCGCACUCCUCGACACUCGUGAAGAUUCUGUCGAGCAGCAGCAAGGAUUAUGGGCUUAUUACCAGCGCCUGAAACAAACGAAACAAACAUGGCGGAGAAGAAGCCGUCGAAAGAAGAGAGUGGCUGGUGCAACCUCAAGUACGUUAGUCUGCUCACCUUGACAAUACAGAAUGCAUCCUUAAUCCUCACAAUACGCUACUCACGUACCUUACCUGGGGAUAUGUACAUUACAUCAACGGCAGUGGUGUUUGCGGAGGUUUUUAAAGUGGUGGCAUGUUUGCUAAUUAUAUUUGCUGAAAAAGGCAAUCUUCGUGAUUGGCUUGGACAGCUGUACUCUACAAUCAUUGGUCAGCCAUGGGACACACUCAAACUCUCUGUUCCAGCAUUACUUUACACAGUGCAAAAUAAUCUACAAUAUGUUGCAAUCUCAAAUUUGGAUGCUGCUACUUUUCAGGUGACAUACCAACUAAAAAUUUUGACAACAGCACUGUUCUCUGUGUUCAUGCUCAACAAAGCCCUAGUCAAACUUCAAUGGCUGUCACUCUUUAUGCUGUUUAUUGGUGUUUCCAUGGUACAGCUUCAGCCCACACAGCAAUCUUCACCUCAUGCAAAAGACAAUGAGCCUAAUGAGACUGAGGAAAAAGAGAAAGUCACUCAGAGUCCAGUGCUUGGUUUAGUCUCAGUCAUUUUGUCAAGUCUUUGCUCUGGCUUUGCAGGUGUGUACUUUGAGAAGAUCUUGAAAGGAUCUAAAACAUCUAUUUGGCUACGAAACAUUCAGUUGGGCAUCUAUGGAACAAUAAUUGGCCUGGUUGGCAUGCGUAUUAAAGAUGGUGACAAGGUCGAUGACAAAGGCAUGUUGUUUGGUUACACUGCCUUGGUAUGGAUUGUGAUUUCCAUGCAGGCGUUUGGUGGUCUGUUGGUUGCAGUCGUGGUGAAGUAUGCUGACAACAUACUUAAGGGUUUUGCAACAUCAUUUUCAAUAAUCAUUUCAUGUGUUGUGUCUGUGUAUCUAUUUGACUUCCAUAUCAAUGUGCAGUUCAUGUUGGGAGCUGUAUUAGUUAUUGCAGCCGUUCUUCUGUAUGGAAGACCACAGAAUCAAGUGAAACCAGGCAGUGAUAAACCUGCCCCUCUACUUAAAGUGUAGGCCUUCACAGUGAAAUUUGACUCAUUGUUAAUUAGGUCUUUGGCCUUUGCAUGUUUAAUCAGGUAAUUAAAAUUCUCUGUUGGGGUUUUAGUUUUACUCUUAGAUGCACAAACUAACUCAUACAUCCACCGUAGGUGCCUUAAAACAAGGGGGGAGGGGUUAGGUGCAUGGAAUCCCUCCCCCGGAUGUUUGUUCUGUUAACGUCCCACCCACCCCCUUACCCCCUUAAGUACAUUCAGCUUUUAACAUGAAUUCUCUCUCUGGUAACAUUAUUUUGUGAUAAAUAGCUGCCAAUGGUGGAGACUAGAGGGUCUGGGAAAGGUUCCCUCAGAAUUUUUUUUUUUAUUUAGAGCUUAGAAAUGCAAUUACCAGCAUCCUGCAUGGGGAUCAAUAGUACGAGGGCUGUGUACACCAGUUUUAAUAACAGGACUAAGUUAUAUUAGUUCAGAGGGCCACCAACUAAAUUCAACCAAUCAGAUCACUCCAUUGCUGGUGCAGCACUCUCUGUUAUUGGCCACUCUUGAAGAUUUUCUGAUAAUAUUUUGGCUUACAUUUCUGACAAAACUUGCUUUCACAUGAGAGAUUCCUUUUUUUCUUUCUUCUGACUCUCUUUGCCUUCUGCUUUGUUUAACAUCAGACCUGAGUUUACAUGUAACACCUAGUGGCUCCCAAUCAGCAAUGCACACUUGAAGUUUGCAAUGUUUUUCUAGUCCAUGAUUGUGGCAUUUUUCCUAAACUUUUUCAGUCAUGUAAUAAAAUGUCUUAUUAAUAACCAAGCUUGCUUUGGACCAUACUGGGCAAAUUUAAAGUGUGUGAUGUUUUUCCAGUCUGUGAUUGUGGCAUUUAAACACUUUCAGUUGUGCAAUAAAUAUCUUAUUUAAUAUUUAAUAACCAAGCUUGCUUGGGACCAUACUGAGAGAGUAUCAGGCCUCUGUCAUUUUUGUACAGUGGUUAACAUGCAUGUUAGAUUCAUGCAUUUGAUUUUUACAUUGUAUAUCUCAAAAAUAUUUUUGUCUGCAAAAUUACUGUAAGCUGAAACAAGGCUGUUACAUAUAAUUAUUGUUUGAGACCUUCAGAAUUGGACAAGUUGUCCAAGACGUUUGGUUAAUCCAGGAUUAGGCAAAAAGUGUGAAUUCUUUUUUUUGAAUCUAUAACUUUUUAGGCAGGAUUUUUGCUUAAUCUGGGUAUUUCCUGUCCUGACAUAAACCAGUCUCGAACUCUGCAAAGAAUUAGCAAUAGUCCUGGUUAAUCUUAGUAGUAGAUUAAGGCCAAUUAUGCAGCACAGCCCAAAUUCACUUUUUUCACAGUUAUGCAAAAAUGUCAAAUUCAUUUUGUUCUAGAAAAUGUACAUGUACACUGUACAAGUAGAAUGAAGUGCCCUGCAAAAUUCAGAUUUUGAAGUCUUGUCUUGAAUGUGAACUAGUCUUGCAUGCAGGCCACUUUUAUAUGGGAGCUUCUUGUUUCAUGAGGUAACACACAAGUUGUUGAAGGUUAUUUAAUAAAAUAAAUAAUACAGUAUAUAUAUAUAUAUAUAUAUAUAUAUAUAUAUAUAUAUAUAUAUAUACACAUUUGUACAUGAAAAUCAAGCUAACAAAUAUAUUUUGAGGGAAAAUUAAAAGCAUUCUUGAAAACAAAAAUAUACGGUUUGUUAAAGAUAAGCUCCAAUGCACAACCAAAACUGCACAAGAUUGAAGCAAAUGAUUAAACUCCUAACAUGUCAGUUUCAAGCUCUCACUGAACAGAGAUUACAGUUGACUCAGUUCACUCAAACAGUCAAGGGAAAUUAUGAAACAUUUGAGUUAUCAGGAGUUCAAUUUCAUAGGGCAAAGGGAAUCAAAUAUGAACUGCACGAAAUCUAACACCACCAAGAAGCCAAAUUUUUGGACACUUACAUGUAAGAUUAAAUGGCUGCUUAGCCGGCUUGCAGACGUCUACUUUUUCUUGUAAUUUUUUUUUUUUUUUUUUGUAUGAAAGGAAAUACUGCAUAUUCAUGUAGACUGCUGUACACAGCUAAUGCUGCUCAAUUUGGUUCAAAUUUCAUGUUUUUAAAUGUAAUGAAGUAUGGUUUGACUCAUUGCACUAAAUGAUAAAGGGGUUCAAAUUAUUGACAGCAACAUUGUAAAGAUUUAAUGAAUGGGAAACAAUAUGCUGACUUUGAUUUAGUGGGUGUUCAAGUCAUUCAGGGGGUAAAAUUACAGUAAAUGUAUGAAGCAAAUCCAGGGGAAAUCAGUUUUAAUUCAAGCUUAAUGUGUAAGAUUCGAAUUACAGAGGGCUUGAGUUACUGGGAGUCAAUGAUAUUUUUAUGAGAUUUUACUGGAAAGUCAACUUUGGAAUAAAAGCCAGGCCAAACAAACAAACAAAAAUUGGUCUCAAUUUGCAGGCUCAUUAGAAUGCCUCAAAUUUAUUUAAUAUUAAGCUAUUUGGACACCGAUUAAAUGGUGUCGUCACAUGACUCUUAUUUAUUAGUUAGCAGGGUAAUAUGACUUAUAUGUUAGUUAAAUUACAUCUGCAUUUUCAGCAGUAUGAAUUAUCAUAUUGUAAAAUACUGAUACUUAUGUAAUAACAUAGGCGUAUGUACUCUGGUAAUGUGUUAACCUUAUAUAAUUUAUGUUUUCAUUGUACAAUGUUAAAAGUAAUGGUUAAAUUUGGGAAUAUGGAAACAUGACAGCUACAUUACUUUUACUUCAGUACUGUGCAUUUCUUAAUAAUUUUAGUUUUAAUUUACACAUUAAAAUGAUGGGUGUGAUCAUCCAGAAAUUUUCAAAGGA